AACACAUACACACACAAAAAAUACACAACACGCAAACACACAUUAGUUGAUAAAUAAAAAUAAAAAAAAAAAAAUCACACGAGAGAGUGUACACUCCUAUCCACUCCCAUCAUCAUCAUCAUCAUCAUUUUCAUCAUCUUUACAACCUCCUGUCCUACCUCCUAGUGCGAUACCUCAGUAAAAAAUGGUUGUGCCGGUGAUAAUUUUUUUUUAGGUUAAAUAAUUGUGUAAAUAAUAUUUUGUUAAUGUUAACUAGUUGCUCAUUGCUCUAGUCAGUAUAUUAAAUAAAUAAAUAAAUAAUUAAAAUGGACAAUAGAAUAAUGAUAUGUGAUCCAGAUGAAGAAGACAGAAACAAUGGUAUAUUUGAUGAUAUUGAACCAGAUCAAUGGCUAAAUGAUAAUCAAGAUUAUGAUUUAGAUAUCAAUACAUUUUUUCAUCGGGUGGAAUCUGAUCAAAUAAUAUAUGAAGAAAAGAGAAAAAAAUUCAAAUUAAUUGGUAAAUAUGUUAUGGGUGAUUUACUUGGUGAAGGAAGUUAUGGCAAAGUCAAAGAAGUACUUGACUCGGAAACAUUAUAUCGUAGAGCUGUCAAAAUAUUAAAAAAAAAAAAAUUACGUAGGAUACCAAAUGGUGAACAAAAUGUACAAAAUGAAAUUAGAUUACACAAAAAUCUUAAACAUCGAAAUGUCAUUGAGCUUGUUGAUGUAUUUUACAAUGAAGAAAAAGAAAAAAUGUAUCUUGUUAUGGAAUUUUGUAGUGCUGGUCUUCAGGACAUGUUGGAAAGUACACCAAAUAAAAAAUUUCCAAUUUGGCAAGCACAUGAAUAUUUUACACAAUUAAUUGAAGGUCUUGAGUAUCUUCAUAGUAAAGGUAUUAUUCAUAAAGAUAUUAAACCAGGAAAUUUACUAUUAACACUUGGUGGUACAUUAAAAAUAAGUGAUUUUGGUGUUGCUGAGGCCUUGGAUCAUUUUGCUGUUGAUGACACAUGUACAAUGGGACAGGGAUCGCCAGCAUUUCAACCACCAGAAAUAGCUAAUGGUUGUGAAACAUUUGCUGGUUUUAAAGUUGACAUUUGGAGUAGUGGAGUUACCUUAUAUAAUAUUACAACUGGAUUGUAUCCAUUUGAAGGUGAUAGUAUUUAUAAGUUGUAUGAAAAUAUUGGAAGAGGUGAUUAUACUAUACCUGAUAGUGUUGAUGAAUCAUUGUCAUCAUUACUUAGAGGAAUGCUACAAAAAGAACCAAAUGAUAGAUUUACAUUACAAGAAGUACGACAUCAUUCAUGGACAAUUUGUCUUCCAGAAAGAACAAAUGAUAAAGUUGCAAUUCCACCAUUGAAAGGUAGUACUUGUCAUCGAAUGACUGUGCUUCCUUAUUUACUUGAAUUUUAUUAUGGAUGUGAUAAUGAUCCAACGUAUUACACUGAAAGACAGCUAAAUGAAUUAAGGCUACAAGAUUUGGACUUGAAUGGUCUUGAACAAAUAAGCACAUCGAGUAAUGGUAACACAACAAAAACACUUCGUACAAAACCACGUUGGAGAAAACCAGUAUCACGUAUUAGUGUUAGGAAAUUUUCAUCAUGCAAGCCUUCGUGAUUUAUCCCAUUGAUUAAUAAUUAAUAAUUGUUGUUUCUUAAUUUUAAAAGAUAAACAUUUUAGUUUUACUUGUUUGUUGUUUUAAAUGAAAAAAAUAAUAAAUUAGUUUUUGAGUUGAAGAAAAGUGCAUGGUGUAUUAUGCAUAAAUUUAUGUGAUAUUAAUAUUAAAAAUAGUUAAAAAAUAAACGACGAUUUAGAGAAGAAAAAAAAAAUAAAUAAUAAACGUCAGAGUAAAUAACUGAAUGAUCAUUGCUUGAAUGAAUGAAUUAUCAAUUAUUAAUAAUAUUUGUAGAAAAAAAAAAAUACUUUAAAAUCAUUAUUUCAUGUGCCAUAAAUGAUUUACAUAAUUUUUAAAAUGCCAAUAUCACGCAUAAAUUGUAAUUAAAAUAUAUAUAUUUUUUUACAAUACCUUGAAUUAUUUAAACAAUAUAAAUUGAAUUCUUUAUCAAAUUUUUUUUGUAUUUUGUAUCCAGCACUUUUCUCAAAAUUCUUAAAAAUAUUAUUAAUUUCUUUUUUUUUUUUUUUCAAUCAAGUUAUUUAAUUGUUAAAUUAUAUCUUGUAUGUAAAUAUUUGAAAUUUAUUUUUUUCUUUUUUUAAAUACGAAGGGAAUAUUUUAGUUUUUAAAAUAUUGAGAUCAAAUAAUUUUUACGAUUUUUUUUUUAAAUAUGUAAAAAAUAUUUAAAUUUUAUGAUAAUGUAAAUUUACAUAAAUUAAAUGGCAUUUAGAUCUCGAGUAUCUUCGUAUUAACAGUUGAAAAAAAAUAUAUAUAUAAACAAAGUGGAGUAUAAAAAAGAUAAGAAACUAAAAAAUAAAAAAUAAUUAUCAAAAAAAAAAAAAAA